GUUUGUUUUUAAGUUCAAUUAAAUUUGAAUUUAUUUUUGUCGCAGCCGAAAAUUAUCUUUUUAGAUACAUUUGCAAAAGCGUGAGGAUGAAUCGAGACCGGGAUUUGAUUGAUUUGGAAAGAUCUUCAAGAUCAGUUUUUGUGGGAAAUAUUCCUUAUGAGGCAACUGAAGAGAGUCUAAGAGAUAUAUUUUCAGAAGUUGGUCCGGUUGUCAGUUUUCGUCUCGUUUUUGACCGAGAAUCUGGGAAACCAAAAGGAUAUGGAUUCGCUGAAUAUCAAGACACUGAAACAGCGAUGAGCGCUAUGCGAAAUUUAAAUAAUCGCGAACUGCAUGGUCGUUCGCUGAGAGUUGAUCAUGCUACAAGUGAGAAAAAUCGAAUUAUGGAAGAUUUAGGUCAAAUGGGCCCUAUAGGCCCACCGAGAGAAAGCCCAUAUGGUGAACCUGUCCCAUCCCGAGAUGCACCAGAAGCGAUUAGCAAAGCAGUUGCCAGUUUACCGCCUGAACAAAUGUUUGAACUUAUGAAACAGAUGAAACAAUGUAUUCAAAAUAACCCAGUUGAGGCUAGAAAUAUGCUUUUACAAAAUCCACAACUGGCUUAUGCCUUGCUACAAGCACAAGUUGUUAUGCGUAUUGUGGACCCAGAAAUUGCAAUGAAAAUGCUUCAUCGACAAAACCCAGUUCCUAAUCUUAUUCCUGCAGGUGAACCAUUAGACCGACCGGUCGAUGGUCGACCAAAUGGUGACCCACCUGGCAGAAGUCCGUAUGGAAAUCGUGAACCUCCUCGCAGAAUGAUAGACGAACCCAUGGAUAUACCAAGGCGACGAGACGGGUCCCCACCACCUCGAAUGUUGCCGCGGCGUGGACAUCCAGAUGACCGAAUGCCCAUGGAUAUUCCUAUGGAUAGAGGGCGUGGUGAGCCAAUGGGUAUAGGUCCUCGUGACCAUCCUAUUGAUCGAAGAGGCCCCCCAAUGGGUCCAAGAGGAGAUAGAGGGAGGCGUAGCCCUGAGCCGUUUGGGCGUGGCCCGUUUGGAAGAGAAUUUCCAGAUAGGGGCAUGGAUGCUAUACCAGGUAUGGGUGGGUUGCCUAUGGAUCGUGGACCACCAAUGGACAGGGGUCCCCCAAUGGAUAGAAGACCACCAGAUCGGGGACCUAUAGACAGAGACGGACCUCCAUUUCACGACCGAGGUGGCCGAUUGCUUGAUCAAAGAGGAGGAUCAUUGGAACGUAACAAUGUGCCGGGUCCAAGUCGUGAUCGUGGGUCAUCGUUAGAACGGGGUGGUGGCGACCCUCGAAGGGGACUGGCGCCACAACCUGGUCCCACAAGUGGGGCAGCCCCUCCACCCGCCGCAUCGGGGCCUGCAGCUGCUGGAGCCCCUGACCCUAAUAACCCCGACCAAGAAAAGGCAGCGUUGAUAAUGCAAGUAUUGCAACUCACUCCAGAACAAAUAGCAAUGUUGCCAGAAGAACAGAGGAAGAGUAUCAUGAUUCUCAAGGAACAGAUCACUGGAGGGCGACAAUGAGCAUUGAAUUUGCUUUGUAGACUUCAAUGGAAAUUUAUCUUUUUUGGGGACUUUAUUGAAGCCAGGUGGAUUUGCGGAAUAUUAACCAUCGGCUCGUGACUCUGGUUGAAAAAAAUUUGGCUUUGUGUUAAAAAAAACUUUACUUUUAUUUUGACUCCAAGACAAAACUCUGAGAAAAUCAAGUUUUGAUAAAAAAAAAAUUUUGCGCAUGCCAACCUUCUUUAAAGGCGUUAAUAAGAAUGCUUAGUAAAUUUGAUGUCCUUUAAUUUUUUUUUUUGGAAAAUUUUGAUUUUGGAAGUCUAAAAUUAGGAUUUUCAGCCCUAACUCCCGAGAGUUUGAAAAUAAGACCUGGCUUUGACUAUAGCGACAUACCAAAUUCCGACUCAAAGUCCCGGUUUAAGCUUCAUUGUAUUUUAAGUUUGGGGUUUUUGAUAUUUUCUGAAACUCUAGAAAGGAGAGUUGUUAUCUAAGGUUUAAUCGAAAGGCGUACACAAUCCAUCGUAUAUGGUGCUUUGUUUGAUAAUAAAUAAAGCACAACCGGUGUUAGCAAAACGAUGUACGGUAAUUUGCUGAUGUUUCGGCCGUUUUGCUAACACCGGUUGUGCUUUAUUUAUUAUCAACAUGAGAUUACCUGGUGGCAAUCAUGCAGUAUAUGGUGCUUUGUUUGAUUAAGUGCUGUUUGGGAAAUUUGAAUUCAAUUCAGUUUAACUGAACCUUUUUAUGUGGGGAAAAAUAGGACUUUUAAUUACUAGUCGCACUCGAGCGAACUUGUUUUUUGAAGGUGAGAGAGAACAGUAUUUUCAAACAGUAAAACGUACUGUAAUCAAUCAUAUAUGGUACUUUGUUGGAUGUAUUGUUAUGUUAGAAAAUCUUUCGAUUUGGCUCAACUGUAUUUUUUGUGUGGCAAAGGGUUACACUUUUGAUCAUUAUUGAAAUUAGGAAAGAGCAUUCGUUUUUUUUUUAAAGAGAUUGGA